AUAAAUCUUUGUUCUUCAUUCAUUCAUUCGUCCUCCUGUGUUGAUGUUUUCGGUCACAACUACAGUACUGCGAUAUUCUCCAUCACUGCCCGCUACUCAUACAUUUUUUCGAAUCUUAGCUACUUGCAACUUUAAAAUUUAAAAUCGUAAUGAAUACCAGAUGGUGCUGGAAUUAAAAAAUGUUUUUCACUUUGGAUCUACCAUCAGUAAAGGAAGAUGUUAUACAGAACACAUCUAAUCCAUUUUGUGUGAACCAGUGCUCAAAUUGCUGUGAAAUAUUAUCUCUCAGUGAGACCAUUAACAAAAUCUUUCUACUUCACUGUCUGGAAUAUGUACAAGAUGAUUAUUUGCCUUCUAAUUAAGCUUAAAUUAAUAAAGAGUCUGUAGCCUCUUCAGAUAUUGACUAAGAUCAUAAUUAGUACAAAUAUUGCAGACUAAAUAUUUGUUAGGAAUAAAAUAUAAAGAUGUAUUAAAAAAAAAAUGUAUAUUGUGUUGAGAGAUGAAAAAUGAUGGAAAAUGAAUUGCGUGAUGGAAAUUUAGAAUGUAAACCACAGCCUAAAAAGAUUGAUAUUAUUGGUAAGAUACCAACUGAUAUAGGAAAAGCAUCAUAUCACUGUGAUAUUUGUAAAAAAUCAUUUACUCGAAAAGGUAACCUUACUACCCACAGACGUAUUCAUAGAGGAGAGAAGCCUUAUGAUUGUAAUAUCUGUGGUAAAUCAUUUUCUCAGACAGGUAGCUUAACGAUACAUAAGCGCAUUCAUACAGGAGAGAAACCAUAUCGCUGUGAUAUCUGUGGCAAAUCAUUCUUCCAGAAAGGUAACUUGACUGAACAUAAACGUAGUCAUACAGGUGAAAAGCCAUAUCACUGUGAUAUCUGUGGUAAAUCAUUCUGUUACAGAGGCAACUUAACUGCACACAAGCGUUCCCAUACAGGAGAGAAGCCAUAUUACUGUGAUAUCUGCGGUAAAUCAUUCUCCAAAAGAAAUGUCUUAACUAGUCACAAACGUAUUCAUACAGGACAUAAGCCAUAUCAUUGUGAUAUCUGUGGUAAAUCAUUCUUUCGAAAAUCUAGCUUAACUGAACACAAAUAUAUUCAUACAGGAGACAAGCCAUACCAUUGCAAUAUCUGUGGUAAAUUAUUCUCCAAUGGAAGUAACCUAAUUCAACAUAAGCGUAUUCAUACAGGGAUGAUACCCUAUCGCUGUGAUAUCUGUGGUAAAUCAUUUUCCAAAGGAAUUGACUUAACUAGUCACAAAUAUAUUCAUACAGGAGAGAAACCAUAUCGCUGUGAUAUCUGUGAUAAAUCGUUCUGCAGUGGAAGAAACUUAACUGUUCACAUGCAUAUUCAUGCAGGAAAUAUUUCCUAUCACUGUCACAUCUGUGGUAAAUCUUUCUCUCAUAGAAGCACCUUAGCUAAACACAAACGUAUCCAUACAGGAGAGAAACCAUAUCACUGUGAUGUCUGUGGUAAAUCUUUCUCUGUAAGUAGCAGCUUAACGUCACACAAGCGUACUCAUACAGGAGAGAAGCCAUAUCACUGUGAUAUCUGUGGUAAACCAUUCUCAGAUGGCAGUAACUUAACUGCACAUAAACGUAUUCACACAGGAGAGAGACAGUUUCACUGUGAUAUCUGUGGCAAAUCAUUCUCUCAAAGAAGUAAUUUAACUGCACACAGACGUAUUCAUACAGGAGAGAAACCAUAUCAGUGUGAUAUCUGUGGUAAGGCUUUCUCACAAACAAGGCAGUUAAGUACACAUCUAUGCAUUUAUACAGAAGAAUGAUUGUCAAUGUCAAUUGUUAUUCAUCAAAAGAAAUAUCUUAUGUAACAAUAAAUAUGUUCACUCAGAAAAUAAAACAUGUGUCAAGAUUACAAUCUCCUGUCACUUUAUUUUAGACAAUCACAGCUAUACUGUGACUU